GAGGCGGGGACAGAGGGUCUCGCAGAUGGCCCCGCUCCCAGGGGCAGAGCGGGUCCAGAGGCCGCUGCAGCUCUACCGAUACCUGCUGCGCUGUUGCCGGCAGCUGCCAGCCAAGGGCAUCCAGGAGCAUUACAAACAUGCUGUCAGGCAGAGUUUCCGGGUUCAUUCAGAUGAAGACAAUCCUGAGAGAAUCCAGCAGAUUAUUAAAAGAGCCAUUGAAGAUGCAGACUGGAUCAUGAACAAAUAUAAGAAACAAAACUGAGAUGCUGGAGCCUAGAGAACCAAGCUGUCCUGAAGAUAUUGAAGUUGAGAGACCUCGCUUCUUCUGGAAGUCAGCAGCGGCAGCCGUUUUGGAAUAUCCAUCGGCCUUAUUGGCUGAGAGCAGGAAAUCGGGGGGUGUUGCUUUUGAGCUCAGCCUCCUCCUGUGUGAAGAUUAAGUAUAAGGAAGUUGAAGAGCUUCAGGUAGGACAUGGUAUGUGGUGGUGUGAGUAAACGUUCUCCUGAGGAGCCCAUCCUCCACCGCUCCUUCCUACCCGCCCGCAGUGCUCCACGUCUCUCUGGUACACUCCUCGUCGGGCCCGGGGGAUUUGUGGGCCUACCCUGUCCUGCUUGUUGUCCCUGAACGCUCGUGGCCCCACCGUGCCCAGCAGUCCCCCAAGCACCGCUCCUCCCGGCACUGUCCUUCCGUGAAGUCCUGGUCCUCGCCUUCACGGAGUUUCUAGUGUCCCUGAAGUGGUGAAACGCACGCCGCGUGGAACAAGGAAGAAGGGCAGACCAGCUACAGCGGAUGCCGAAGUGUACAGGCCUCUGUGAACCUGCGAUCUGUCCUGCUGUCCCUUCCCCGCUUUGCCACUAUCUUGGAAGGAAGAAUGGAGGCAGGGCGGCAAGGAGGGAGGCGGGGAGCAAGCAUUCCUGUGGGGUAUGGUGAGCCUGAAACCCGUGGAGAGAGACUGGGUCACAUCCCAAUGCCAUAGAAGUCGCUCGUAGGGGAACUUACCUGGCCCAUGUCAGCCUUGGUUUCCCCAACUCCAGCGCAGUGAUGCCCCCACCUACCUGCCGGGCUGCAAUGAGGAGUACUGAGCUCUAACGCGUGCCAGGUGCUUCCUGCAGAAGCUGGCUCAGGGAGCCAGCUGCACUGCCGUGGCUGGUCACCACAGUUAGGGAGCCCUGCUUUGCAGACGGGGAGAUGGAAGCACAGACAGGUCGAACCCCUUUUCAAGGUCACCAAGCUGCUAAGCAAGGUCUGUGUGAAUCUACCAAACAGUACAGGGAAGGGAGAGCAGCAGAGGGAGGGAAAGCGUCCAGGAAGGACUCGGGGGGCUGGCCAGAGCAGGAGGGGCAGCCAGAAGCGGAGAAGCCACACUGGACUUGUGUAUCCCCAAGGACUCCCAGCCAGAGGGAUGAGCCAGCAGCUUCAUGACCCUGCAAUGAAUUAUAGGACUUAAAGUGACUCCGGGACAUCUGUAUGGACUGAUCAGCAGGGAAUGAAGUAAAUACCGAUUUCUGAAAA